AUGAAGUUAGAAGUCGACGAGCAAUGGUUCGAUCGGAUGAUGCAAUGGCUCAGUACCUACAAAUCGCACAGGACCAGGGGAUACAUGUCACUGAUUCAUGGUGUUGAUGCUCUGGGUUUGGGUAUCUAUGAGACUGAUGAUCGGUUUGACCCCAAUACCGGGUUCACUUGGCCGGAAAUUCAAAGCCCCACUUUUCACGACAAGAAGUUUAUAAUCCAACCAGCAGACGAGACUGCAAAGGAAUUCUACUUUUUGGUGGAGGAUCCAAGAUCAGUAAGCGCAUUUUGGCGUUGUGCACCGGCAAUCAUGAGCUAUACAUACGUGGAAGGAAUUCUGACCCAAUCGAAGGGCAAUAGAUGA